CAUUGAAACAGUUUGAACGUUAAGACGUGAAACAAAAAAAAAUUAUUAAAAAUGAAAUUCUCAAGCAAUAUCUCACUUUUGUUCCUCAUUUUGGGAGCCCUUGUCCUCGUUUGUGUAAGCGCCAACCCAGUUGAGCGUGUCAAGCGCGCCUACGAUUACACACCACCAGAGGGCGGUGCCGGAGAUCUUUUCGGAGAUAACGAGAUCCCAGAUGGCGGUGAUGACGAUGGCUUCUCAGCCUCCGUCUCAAGCGACGAUGGCAACAACUAUGCUUCGGCCUCAAUCAGCUCGGGACCCGGACAAGCAAGUGCCUCAAGCUUGAGCGCCAACACCUUCGAAUUCGAAAAACCUGAAUACACACCAAAAUGCUGUGCUCACUGCACUUGCACCUAA